AAAGUUGAAGUUGAAAAUAAUGAGUGGAAUAGUGGAAGAACAAAAGGAACAAGGAAUUAAUUAACGAAAAAUGUGAAACCUAUGAAAACUAAUUGAUACUAAUAAUAGCAUUUAGAAAUAUAUCAGUUAUCGACAAAAUGAAUAUGGAUGUGAGUCCUUUAAGUAUAAUAUUAGUAAAAUCGGACAGCAAAGGCGACAGAUUAUUGUUUCGCUACCCCUUUCUAAUCAAACAGAACAACGAACCUUCGAGUACACAUAGAAAAAAUCCCUACACGUUACCUAUUGUUGAAGACCUACUUCAAAGUCCUGUGCAACCUUCUUCAAAUAUUAACAAGGAAAAUUUGACUGGGUUAACAGAUGAAGUGCUCUCAUCACUCUUUGCUGUGAAAAUGGAACUAUGCAAUCGAAAAUUUGAACUAAAAGUCAAUGAUGUUAGGUUUGUGAGCCAUCCAACAUUAUUGCAAUUGAGAAACAAACAGGAGAAGGAAGAUGAUUCUGGAAUUAUGUUGGUGAAUAUUGUUUUUGCACUUCAAGCAUUGGCAAGUCAUUCAGUAGUCAAAUGUUAUCAUGAUUUGAGCAAAAGAUUAGGAAUUGUCUUGAAAUAUGAAGAAAAACGGUGUGGCUAUGUUUCUGAGCAAACUCAGUUGAUGACAACAGCUCUUGAUGAUGGUUACCCAAAUGGACCAGGCAGUGCUUUCAAAAUUAUUUUAGAAAAGUGUCCAUUAGCUAGUAAUAUUAAAAAAAUGUAUGAUGAUCUUUGCAGUACAGGGCUGGUGAAUUUGAGAAUUAACAGGUGGAUACCAUUGAGUUUCUGCCUUCCACAAAAAGUACAUCAGUGGCAUAUGAGAGGAAAAAUUGUUGAACCUGAAGAUAUAGACAGGUGUCUCAAUGCUUUGAGACCAUACCACAGUUUGCUUUUACUUCAUCCUUUGCAACAAAUGAAUGACUUCACUUCACUUGAUGGGUCUCCAUCUUUAGUCAGAAUGUUAUCACAGUAUUCGCCACUGAAAAACCUGCAAACAUUAGCUGCAGAUUCUGAUCUAACCUUAUCACAUGUAUUUGAAUUGACAGCUCAUCUAGUCUACUGGGCAAAAGCCACUGUUAUAUUUCCAGUAUGUUCUACCAACAAAUAUGUAAUAUCUCCUAAUGCACCUAUUCACAUAAAUUCUCCACUAGUAGAAACAUUUUAUGAAACUUUUCCUGGUGUGAAUCUCAACAGAGUUAUCAGUGAAUUUUCACUACCAACUUCUUUGGGGCAGAAAUGUAACCCUCUCUAUCACCGUUCACAGCAGUCUCAUCUUGUGCAAACGAUAAUUUGGAUGUUGCAGCAUCAUUUGUUGUUGCAGUUGCAUACUUAUAUACAGUAUAUGCCAACAGAAAAUGGAUUAUUACAUAUCAAAUCAGAUCAGAGUAAAAAACACAUGACAUCACCUUCACCAAGAAGUAGUACAGUUAUGUCGAAUUAUCAAGCAACAAACACAGAAUAUCCAAGGGCUGAAUCAGAAAGUGGAGCUUCAACUGUUUCUGAAACUCCUGAACUCCUAUCCAAGGCCGUUAUUAUUGAGAAUGUUAGUUUCACAUCCACUGAAGAUGACAAACAAGACUUUCAAGAGGAACUGUUACUUGAUUUUACAGAUGAGGAAAGAAGUUCAAUAUUUAAGAUUCCUGCAACAAAUACACCUGAGGAUUUAAAACUCUUUGCAAAAUUAUGUAGAAAAGAAUAUUUUCAAGGAAAUCACCACAUUGAAGAAAUAAUGUACCUGGAAAAUUUGAGAAGAAGUCAAUUAUUGCAACUUUUGGACAAAUUUAGAGACGUCUUGAUUACUUAUGAAACCGAGGAUCCCGCCAUAGCGAUGUUUUCUUGCUCUUCAUAGCAUUGUUGAAUUGAAUUGUUAUAAUUCAGCUUUAUUUGAUGAACUAUUGUGAUUGAUAAAAAAUUAUUUUAUUCUCACUACUGGUGAGUAAAAAUUAUCAAAAUUUUUUAUACCUGAGAAUUUUUUAUAUUUAGUAAUGAUGAGAUAGCUAUUAUUGUUUUAUUUGUUUUAUUUAUGAAUUCUUAUACAUUUCAUUAUAAUGCACUGAUUUUUGUAGAAAUUAUGAAAAUGAGAAGAGAAAUAUAUAAUAUACAUUUUUAUAAACU